AUGGACAGUCCAGAGGAACAGUAUAUUGAUUCCCGUCCGUCAAGGGAUCAAGUUAGUUUACGGCCGUCGCUGAGUGCGACAUCUAGUAUGUUCGUGACGAAUGCGACUUCUGAACCAACAACGUCAAUUACUUUAGAUCAAACGCUCUUUCGAGCCUCUACGCCUCCACUUGAAGCCAUUUCUGAUCGCAAUGAUAAUGAUAAUAGUAAUGAUGAUGAUGAUAACGAUGAUAAUGAUAAUGAUGACGAUGCUUUGUUGGAAUCCCUAUCGCAAAGUAUAAACUCCUAUGAGAAUUCGGUUAGCAGAUUUAGUCACCGGGUUGUAAGCACCGAUAUACCAACCGUUUUCAUCGAUGAAGCACCAGGUGGCAACGAUGAGUUGUCAUCUUGGAAUAAAAAUUUCUUUAUUCUAACUUCAGCGGGGAAACCGAUCUAUUCGAUGCACGGCAGAGAUCAGCAGGUGACAUCUCUUGCAGGUAUCAUUAACACGAUAAUGAGUUACUUCCAACUUAGAAACUCCGAAGAUAUUAGAACCAUUUCAUCCGGGAAUGCCAAAUUUUCAUUUUUGAACCGGUCUCCCAUUAUACUGGUGGCAUAUUCGCGUAAGGGGGAGACGUCAAAUGAACUGAUCAACCAGUUGGAUUUCUUACACUCUUACUUGAUUUCUUCACUAAGUCAGAGGCAACUAUCGCGAUUCUUCAAUAAGAGGGAAAAUUUUGAUCUAAGGAAUUUCCUGGAGGCAACAGAUUUCGAAAACUUGGAUGAGAUUUGUUCACUCAUUUGCGAGAGACUUUACCCAGACGUGUUAUUGGGGGCUUUACAAUGUCUCACACUGAAAAAAACUUAUAGAACACAGAUACACAAUGCCAUGCUGCAAUGCCUACUCAAGGAAUCUGACCUGCCGAGAGGUACCAUACUUUAUGGGCUUAUCGUCGCUCCAAACAACAAGCUUUGUUCGGUGUUACGACCCAGAGGUCACACUUUACACACGACAGAUUUGCACUUGUUAUUCUGCCUCAUAUACCAUCAGUUUCAAAAUCUUCAAAACCAACAGGAGAUGUGGGUGCCCAUAUGCUUCCCUAAAUUUAAUUCGAAUGGGUUCCUCUACUGUUAUAUCAAAUUUAUGACUAAUGCACCGCAACAAGUCUCAGGUCCCAAACCGGUCCUUGUGCUAAUUAGCGCACAGAAAGAUGCCUUUUUUCCGUUGAAGAGUUUAGGUACUAAUCUCAUCAGAAGCUUACAAUCAAGCGAACUGAUUGAUAAAUUAUACCGAGCAAAGAGUAUCAAGAUUACCGAUGUUCCGGCGCCUUUAGUGCACCAUUUCAUUUAUAAAUCCAGGAAACACGUCCAGUACGUAAUGCCCGAAUUACAAUUUGCAACGCAACCUGACACAGAGUCGACCAGUGAGCAAACUUUAGGAUACGAAAAGAAAAUUAUGACUUACUACCAACAAAUUCAUAAAUCUUUGGUUCGUGACGAUGGAGGUUCUUUCAGCAGAUCCACAUUGAGUUUUGUGCAAUGGACGGCUACAGACUCUCUAAGUACUGUGACCGAUCAGAGUUUGUUCCAGGAGGAAAAUAUUAGCAUGAUGGGGCUAGCCUGGAUAACUCCGAGCUUUGAACUCUAUCUGAUCUGUAACAACGGUACCAAUGACAAAAAUGUUGUUUUAAAGAGUGCAAAAAAAAUCGUUAGUUGGUGCAGGAAACACGAGGAAAGAUUAUUUGUUAAUGAGGGGGCAAUCUUUUAA